CCUAAAACUUGGCGUUAUCACUUUCCCCAUCAAGCUCGAACCUCUGAUAUUUCCAUUGGAUCCAAUUGCCUUAUUCAUUGCAAAGCUCUUAUGCUUGAAAUCCCUAUUCAGUGAACUGUUCCUUGAGAGAUGGAGAUAGAUGGGCUAUGUGUUAUUUGCGCUGGCAUUGGAAUCGUCGAGGAGGAUGACUACGGCAAUCGGAUCGGUUACUCCAAAAACGAGUUCUGUUUAGAUAAUUUGAAGGAUUUGCUUAGGUUCCUGAGGAGAGAUGACCCGCAGACUCGCGAUGUUUUUAAGCACGUUUGUAAAUGGAACAUUGUGGGUAAAGAUUUGAUUCCCAUCAUUGAGUACUGUCAAGAUGAUCGUAAUGCAGUUUUAAAUGCAGUGAAGAUUUUGGUGUUCCUCACAAUGCCUAUCGAACCCACGUCAAGUGACAUUGCACAACAGAUCGAGUAUCUAUGGGGAUUGAAGUCUUUAAUCACAUGCAGUAAUGUUGUUGCCAUAAUUGUUUCACUUCUGGAGAGUCCGCUGGAAAAUCUGGAUUGCGGAACAUUCUCAGAAGAUGACUGGAAAUUGUUGCAGUUGGUUAUAACACUCUUCCGAAAUGUUUUGGCUAUUCAAGAAAUCUCAUUGCAGCAAAAGGCUGAUGGAUCAGCUUGUCAGUUAAUAUUGCUGAGAGACAAAUUUUUGGAAGUUUUAUUCCGGGAGAAUGUUAUGGACAUAAUAUUGGUGAUGACGCAGCACAUUGAUGGGUCUUGCAGCCAUCUCCGUCAAGACAAAUUAGUCUUUUUGGAAAUAUUUUACUACAUAUUUAUGGGCCAAGAGCCUGAGUUAAUCGCGAAAGUGCCUCAAAACAGCAGUGAGGAAAAUGUAGAAACGGUAUCUUCUGUCAAUAGUCUGAAAUCUAUGAUGGAGGAAGAUAGAAGAAAGUUUUCUAGAUUACAAAAUUUGAACCGACAUUCGCAGUUUAGUGGAACUUUUACUCGGCAAACCUUGGAUGGUUCAAAGUUAGUACUCAAAGGAAAACCAUCUUUGAGUUCUUCUACCAGCCAUAAGCCACCUAAAGUUUGUCGAGGUCCAAUUAAAAAAAUUGCAUGGGACCUUGGACGAUUAACAUCGAAAAACAGCAAACUUCUGCAGUUACUUCAUGAUUUUAUUAAUCAGUUUCUUUCAGGCGGCUACAAUGCGCUGAUGCAGUUGGUGCAUGAAGAUAUUGAAAAGGAACAUCAUUCCAUCCAGAACAACGAUGUGGUGGUUUUUUUUCAGGUUGCACAGUUUGCUAUUUCUUUUCAGUAUCACAAGUUUUCAACUUCAAAGAUAAUUGAAGCUGAGACUGAUGAGGCUCAAACAGAACAUGCUGAUUCCACAUUUUUCCAAGGUAACAUGUGCGGUCCAAUAGCAGCAACAAUGAACGAGGCAAUGUUUCAGUUAGUUGUUUCCAAAUGGCGUUAUGCAUUUGAAGGCUUAAAGGAAACUAAUGACUUUAAGUUUCUGUCUGCUGCUGGCUCUCUGAUGAAAAAUAUGAUUUGCAUGCUAGAUUUGGUGCUAAAAUUAUUGCCAGAAGAUUCAAAGGAACCUCAAACAGCUCGUAUUCUACUUUACAAACUAUUUUACGAUCAGACAGAUCAAGGGAUGACUCAAUUCCUUUUAAAUUUGCUCAAGUCAUUCAACACUCACAAACAACCCAAAAGUGAUCUUGCAGAUUUAGUUGAGAUGGUCUACAAGGUUGUACAGCUUAUGGAGAACCUCCAAGCACGUGGAACACUUCGGGUUUCCAAAAAAUCAAGGAGGGGAAGAAAGGCAAAGUCAGCAAAUAAUGGGGACAAUAAACAGUCAGAAGAUCAGGGAGCUGAGAAUAAGACGGCCAUAACCCAUAAUGAGCAAUCAACAGAUGUUGAUGUUUGUGAAAAUAGUAACUUAAAAACGAGUCCUGAUUGUAAAGAAGAGAUAUCUGUUACUGCUAAUGCUGACGAACCUGAACUGUUAGACUUAAACUCGGGAAGUUUUGAAGGCAGUAUGCCACAGAGAGAGAACAAAAAUUUGAAUGAUGGUUACAGCACAGCCGACUCUUCUAGUGAUGAACAGAAAAAUAGAAUUGUGGAGGUUGAUCUUAAAGUGUCAAGUCUAGUAUCUACUUUUGCCAAUAACAACAUUAUUCAGAAGAUAUGCUGGUUGCUUAAGUUUUACAAGAGCAAUGCUACUAGUACAAACCAUUACAUAAUAUGUAUUUUACGGAAGAUCACUGAGGAAUUAGAGCUUUCUCCAAUGCUGUACCAGUUAUCCGUCCUUCCCACGUUUUAUGAUAUUCUAUCUGAACAGAAGUCAAGUCCAUGCAAGGAGCAUGCUACUAUAGUUGAUUUCCUGACGAGUCUGGUGAGAAAGAUGCUACGAAAGAUAAAGAAUCAGCCACUCCUUUUUGUUGAAAUCCUGUUUUGGAAGACCCGAAAAGAAUGCCAUUAUAUUGAUGCUGAGUACUUAGUGCAUGAGCUUGGCUGCUGGAAGAAAGAAAGUAGGGAGGAAAAUUUUACCGGUGGUGAUGAAAAUGGCUCGUUGACAGGCAAGCAUUGGACUCCCAGAAGCAUAGCAGAUGCACUUGGUGAAGAUGAAGCUGAUGUUGUGCUCACCAAUAACGGGUUUGGAUUUCAUAGUGAAGCAAAGUCCGACGAAGUCAAGAAAGGCCUUGAGUCUACCAACUUGGAUGAUGAGAUGGACAGAAAAGAACACAAUGAAAAUGAGCUGUCUAUGGACAAUAAGCCCAAAAGGCUUCCUAAAAGAAAGAGACUUGUUCUUGAUGCGGCACUGGAGACGGAAAUUAAAGAUCUUUAUGAGAAAUUCAAGGAGGACAGGAACUGUAGCAAACUUAUUGCGGAGAAUCUUGAUAAUGAUGUCAAAGUUUCGCCUGCCCAGGUUUCCAAUAAGCUUAGACAGAUGGGUUUGAAAGUUGUACAAAGAAAGAAGAGGCAGUAUGCUGAUGAAGGCUUUUCUGCUAUUUCUGAAAACCUUGAAGGAGAAAGCAAUGGGGAAGAACUACGUAACUCAAAUGUUUUCGGGAAAAGUUCAUUGAAUCAACCUUCGCUCACUAGAAAAAGAAUUCUUGCUUUUGAUAAAGAACACGAAGAGAAGAUUAGAGCUUUAUAUGAGCAGUUUAAAGACCAUAAGAGAUGUAGUUCUAUGAUUGCAAAUGCGCUGGAUGCUGAUAACAAAUUCACUCCUGCCCAAAUUUCCCGAAAACUCAAGCAGUUGGGUUUGUAUAUUUCUCGUAAGAGAAAGUCAAGUGAUGGGGAUCGUAAUGAAUCUGCUAUUGAUAAGGAAUCUGAAAGUGAUGAUGAAACAUUGCUCUCAUUAAUAAAUAGAAAAAAAGGGAAGCAUCUUCCAAAGUCAACUGAAACGCCCAGUUCCAUCUCAACACAGAGCAUAUUAAUUGAUGAGGAAUCUGAAGGUGUAGCUGAUGGAAGGUCCAUGCAAUUGGAGGAUAGAAACCAAGCCAGUAGCUUGGAAACUAUGGGGGUUGGUGGACCGCCUUCAGAUGAUGUUGACUUGAAUGACUUUACGGAAAAUCAAGGGAAGGAUGCUGAAGCUGGCCGUGUCAAUAUGGAUGAUUUGAUGCAAAAGGCCAUGGAAGAUGAGUUUGCAGAUUCAGACAAUGAAGUGUCUCCCAGUGUGUAUCGUACAACGGGAAGAAAGUUUAGGAUAGUUGAUCUUGAGGAUGAAGAAUGAGAUGGGAAUGGCCAGGAUAUCAACAUUGCAUUGCCACAACCAUCUAGCAAAGUGUAGUUGACCAAACGCUGGAGUGGAGGAAGCUGCUAAUUACAAGCUGUUCUCUUCUGAAGCAUCUUACGUAACUAGAGCACAACCCCAUAGUUGGAGAUCGUAUUGUACAGCUUGGUUUGUGUAUAUUAUUGUUAUACUUCUUGUAUAGAGCAUGCGUGCUUGGAGAUGGUAAAGAUUAGAAUGUGAAGUUAUUCUUUAGGUUAACUUUUUUGUUGCUUCACUUGUCAGACUUGAAACAUUAGGUUAAAGCUUAUGCCACAGAUUGUAAAUAUUAUGAUUAGUUAGUGAGUUUAUGCCUUGCAUUUUUUUCUUAGAAA